UGUCUGUGACGACAGGAUCCGAUUACAUCGUUGCACGUGUUGGCCAUAACGCCACCAUCUCCCUCAACACGUCCCAGGCUGGACACGAGUUUAAAGUCGGCGUGCAAGUUAAUAAUGAUAUAGAAUAUCUCUUUCUUAAAACUGACACUGAGCAUGACAUGGUGAACACCAGCCAUACAUGGUACAGAGACAGAGAGAUACCAGUGAACAUCACCCCAUCAGAGUUCAGGUUUACACUGUAUAAUGUCACUACAGAGGACGCAGGGCUCUACGAAUGUCGGACGUUUGACACAACCAAAGGGAUACCUGGCUGUGAACAGCUUCUCGUUGUGGCACAGAAACCUUCAACCCCGAACAUCACUGGACCUACAUCAGCUGUCUCAGGUGGGCGUGUCACCCUGACAUGCUCCUCCUCCUCCCUGAGUCUGCCCCCGGACCACCCCCCUCUGACCAUGACCUACAUCUGGAGGAGGAACAGUGAGAAGAUUCAAGGAGGGGAAGACGUUCAUGUAGAGGGGCCAAACCUCACCAUGAGACACAUCAGCAAGGCGGAAGACGGCAACUACAGCUGCCAGGCUAUCGAGGGGGGGCUGAAGUCUGAGUGGAGUCACGGACACGACCUGGAUGUUCAGUAUAGGGAAGUCCAACAAUCUCUGUCUCCAGACACGCCCAUGCCGUUCCUCCUCGUCUCUGUUGGGGCGGUGCUGUUGCUGCUGGUGGUGGUGGUUGUGCUGCUGCUGGUCUGUGGGAUACGUCGAUGCAGGAGACUUAGAGCAAAACGGAAAUUAAGGUAUGCUGCCCACCUGACUGCACUGAACAACAGAGCCAGCAGCGAGUCCCCCUACGCUACAGUCCACGUCGAGGGUGCCAGGGUGUCCUACUCAAACAUGAGAGAAUCUUCUGCUACAAGCGAGCACCACUAUGCCAACUUGCCGUUGCCAAGCUACAGGUCUGAUGCUACAGCUGACUACGUGGCUCUCGGGCAGGAAGAACACGUCCACAUCUACACGGCUCUGCGCCCCAAAGUUAGGCAGCAGGUGGGAGGUGGGAGAAGGAAGGCUGACACAGCGGGAGGAUCACCAUAAGCCGGGAUAACACCUCCUCAUCACUGUAUCCUCAACUCUCACAGGGCAUGUCCUAUGUGAAACAUCCAGAGAAGGAACACGUUCCAGACACCCAAGCACGACUCACAACGCUUCAACAAAUCUUGUUACUAUGUACCUGUCUUGAUAAAGGUCUGAACGCAUUGGGAAAAUACUCGGACAGAUCACAUUUCAAAUCACUAACACUACGAGCCAUUCUGUGUAUGGCUAGGAGCUUUCAUACUUAAAGAUUAGAAUUUGACAAGUCAUACAGACUUGUAAUACCUUUGAUAUGGUUACAGUCUACUGUAUAUUUUAGUUGACCAAUGUACUAUCAGCGCUGCCAGCUUGUGAAAACUAACCUACUUAGAUGUAGGCUGUCUGCGUCUUUGCUUACUUUAAGCCUUAGUCCUGUAGAAUGGUGUUCAUUGUCCUCGGUUAAUAAAUCCUUUAACUUGGGUUGU